UCAACGAAGAAGAAACCCGGAAAUGACGCGUAGUGCAGAAUCAAAACAGUUAAAAUUUGACAGUUCGGCACCGUCCAGUUUUGUAGCUUCUAAAAUGUCACAGAAAAUGUCUCUGGCAUCGUCCGAAAUAAACUGCAACAUUUAACAUCUUUAGAAACUGGAGCCUCGUUUUUAUCGCGCUGUCGAGGAAUGUUAACCCGAGGAAAAGGCUCUUUUUUGACAGUUUAUGCACUAGCCGUGACGGCUCUGCUGCUACUAGCUGCUUAGCUUCACCGGCUGAACAAAGCUGCUCCAUGGCGAUCUAUGGGCUGAACAUUACCAUAUAUAGACCGGUCACGGAGCUCCCUCGCCGGUGAAAUGUAAACGGUGACACGCUCUGGAGGCUGACAAAAGGGCAAGCGAAAAACAAAACUCCGAAACACGUAAACAUCAACGCUCUGGCUUCACGAUGUCCUCUGACCAGAUUAUUGCCAUCGUCAUGGAGGACAAGACCUACGAGGUGAAUAAAAAGAAGCUGAUAGAAAAGAGCGACUACUUCCGUGCACUGUACAGCUCCGGUAUGAGGGAGUCCACGGAGGACUCGGUGCAGCUGCAGGGGCUCAGCGUCCCCGGCCUGGAGCUGGUCCUGGAGUUCAUCAACACCUCCAAGGUCCAGGUGGUCAACGAGACUCUGGAGGACCUGAUCGAGACCGCUUCCUUCCUGCAGGUCACCUCCAUCCUCAAGCUCCUCACCUCGGAGAUCCGGCUGGACAACUGCGUGGAGCUGUACAACCUCUCCGAAGUUUACGGGACGCACGACCUGCGCACUGCGUGCCUCAAAUACAUGUGCUGCUACUAUCACCCCAUGCUGAGGCGGCCCGAGUUCAGCAGUCUGCCCUCUGCUGUCCGAGACCAAGUCAGGGAGAUGCGCAUGAAGGGCACCGCCACCCUGGUAGCCAUCGGCGACUUCACCUGCCUGUCUCUGGAGGUGCCCGACCAGGACGAGCCCUGGUCCAUGCUGAGGUACGGAGAGAUGGAGCAGCGCUGGAAACCGCUGGCGAACAACCUGCCCCCCGACAUGAUCAACGUCAGAGGAUACGGAUCCGCCGUCCUCGACAACUACCUGUUCAUAGUCGGCGGAUACAGGGUGACGAGUCAGGAGAUCUCCGUCGUGCACUGUUACAACCCCUGCAGGAACGAGUGGAACCAAGUGGCUCCGCUCAACCAGAAAAGGUCCAACUUCAAGCUGCUGGCGUGCCAGGGGAAGCUGUACGCCGUGGGAGGCCAGUGUCUGGGCACGGUGGAGUGUUACAGCCCCGAGCAGGACUGGUGGACCUGCGUGUCCUCGAUGCCCGACCCGCUGGCUGAGUUCUCCGCCUGCGAGUGCCAGGGUAUGAUCUACGUCAUGGGAGGAUAUACUGCGAGGGACAGGAACACAAAUGUCCUCCGCUACUGCCCCAUCUCCGACACCUGGACGGUGUUUCGUUCCUGUCCGGCGCACAUCCGCAAGCAGCAGAUGCUCUCCGUGGAGGACACCAUCUACCUGGUGGGCGGCUACACCCACGAGCUGGAGGCGCGGCGGCGGCAGCGGCGGCCCAGCCAGACGGAGGACGUCCUGACGGUGCAGUCUUACAACGUCACCACGGGCGAGUGGCUCCAGCUCAAGGAGAACACGUCCAAGUCGGGCCUCAACCUGACGUGCACGCUGCACAACGACGGCAUCUACAUCAUGAGCCGGGACGUCAGCCUGCCCACCAGCCUGGAGCACCGCGUCUUCCUCAAAUACAACAUCUUCUCGGACGCCUGGGAGGCCUUCAGGCGCUUCCCGGCCCUGGGACAGAACAUGCUGCUGUGUUCGCUUUACCUCCCCAACAUGCUAUGACUGACGGUGCAGCCGGGAGGGACUUGAACUCUUGAACAGGUGUCAGAGGCAGCGGGCGCUAACAGGCUGACGCGCGGCUUGCUUGUUGUCUGGUGUUAGCUGGAACAGUGUCGGGUCGCCGGGUUGAAACGCCUCGCGACCUCCGUGCCUCAAAAACAAACGCACUACAUUGUACACACUGCUGUGGAUGCCAACACAAAAGCUACGAUGUUAAAUAUGCAGUGAUGCAGCACCGAUCCGCCCCCCACCCCGCAGGUCAACAACAUCAUAACAGCCUAGCUUCAGUUUGUGCCUCUCAUGUGUUAAAGUGAUGCUUAAAAAGUGAUGUUUAAAAAAAAAAAAAACGCAGUUUCAACCUUCAUUUGGAUUUUAGUUUGAACUUUUUGCUUUACUCACAUUGUUUAAAGCGUUUUUUAUUGACAGCAGUACAUGUUUUUAACACUUUCUUGCUAAUGAGUGAUGGCAACACAUGAGGGGCGCUAACGAGAGCUACAUGCAGCAUGCAUUCAAAUCUAUGGGCCGCGAUAUUCCUGAUGUUUACACUCCUAAUAUGGCAUUGGUGUAUGUUUAUUCAUAAUUCACUACAGACCUUAAAAUAUCUCUUAAAGAAAAACAAAACACGUUCCUCGUCUUUACGUACUGCACAAAGCAGAUGAUGAUAUGUAUGUAUACAUGGCUUUGGUUUUACACUGCCAGUUUUAUGGGAAUUAGAAGUUUCUUGAGCGUAACAGAUCCGGGCGCCUAAGAGGGAGCUUCAUGUGUCGUUUGUUAAAACACUCGCACAGUCUUAUUUUUCACAGAUACACUAAGCAACGCUUGAAGCGCAGUUCCAUGAACUGAUCGAUGCACAUGUGCCUUCUGCAACCUCGGUUAAUGGGAACUCGAAAUAAAACAAGUAAAAAAAGCACAAUAUGCAAGACUUUGUCACAUUGCCAGCAACUGACCAAAUUCGCAGUUUUGUUAUGUAUUUUUUUCUGCUAAAGCAGAUUUUGUUUUGUUUUUUUUUGUUGUUUUUUUUUAAAGGUACCCUAUGGGGUUGUGCAGUUUUGAGAAAUGAACCUCAAAGUAAAAUUCAUUUCAUGAACUUUUGAAGUGUUUUGAUGGUAAACGAUGUUCGGUUUGAUGGAUUUAAGCUUCUUUCUGCAGUAGUUGUUUGGAUUUUUUUCUUGUUGAGAAUAAAGAUGGUGUUCAGGGC